CAAUAACAAUAAUAAUAUCGUAAACUAUCCAAUUUAUAGUGAUGUGCUUAUUCGUGUCCGGAAUUGUGGCCGCCGCUCUGUACUUCGUGAAAAACGCUAUGCAAAACCUCAUUCUGUCUUGCCUGUUCGAAGCGUUCAGCGGACUGGGAAUCAGCGUAUUGCUGUGCAUCAUGGUCGAUCUGUUCCCCACCAACAUGAGAGUAAUGGCAGCCGCGGCUUCAGCGACGUUCGGACGCCUUGGAUCACUGAUGGCCAACAUCACAUUCGGACUGCUCAUCGACUCACAUUGCAUCCUGCUAAUCAUCAUAUUCAGCUCGUUGUUGAUAAGUACGUAUAUUAUGAUUAAAUACCUAAAUGCACAAAUUUGUCGUAUCUCGGACGUAUAUUAUAUUAUUAGCUACCUGGCUACCUAUAAAAAUAAUGAUGAAGAUGGACUAAAAACAUUUUCUAUUUAUCUACGUGACCACUUAUAUUUUCAUGCAAAUGAAAUGUUCCGAAAAUUUGAACUUUUGAAGUAAGAAUAAUUAAAUAUUGAAGUUCUU